ACGCAUACAUAUACCAUAAGCCAAACGUACUCAUCAAUCGAUUCUAAUCCCUAUGUCACCACCAUUUAGUUGGAAGUGAAACGAACAUCGUGGCCUACGGUCCAUAGUUAAAUAUAGGAAUGGAUAUAUUAAAUUAAACUAGCUUUAUUGAUAUCUGAAAUAGAAUAUUAGCAAAGCUUGGCUUCUGCUUACCGCUAAAUCAAAAUUAGACUUACUUGUACAUAAAUUGUAUUAGAGUCACUAAUUGCUAGAACGUUUCUAUUAUAAGGGUAUCGCAUUUGGUAAUUUAUCAGAUGGCCCAAAGCAACAAGCAAGCAAUCCAGACAGAUGCAACAAGCAACCUGACUUUCCUCAGUGAAUUAGCACAGGAGAAAGCUAGAUUCGAAGAGGAAAAAAAGCAAAGACUUAAUAAAAGAAUAAAUUAUGGAACAACAAACAAACGAGAUUAUGGAAUCAAGAAAGAUGAACCAAGGUCGAAUUAUGCGAGAGUUAAAAGACACAGUGAAGAAGACGCUCCUCGAAAGAAGCCUAAUAAUGAACAGAAACGACGAUUCAUUUUAAAGAAUGAAGAUGAAAAUGAAGAGGAUCUGAGGAAAAGUAGAUUGGGUUUGGAGCGUAAAGCUCUGAAGUAUAAUCAGUUGUUAAACGACAAUAGUCAAACAGCUGAGGGCGAAGAGAUGCUAGUGGAUUUUACGAAAAAAUGGGCCGAAGAGAGUCGGGAAAACGAGCUUAUUGAGAUUACGGAUGAAUUUGGACGAACUAGGCAAGUAUCUAUCUAUGAAGCGGGACAAGCGCUUCUUCCUUCCAAGGAAGAAUACAAACCUGAAAAUGUUAUUCAUGGUGAAUAUAUGCCAGAAUACAAGGUUGAUGAGCACCAUAUUGAGGAUCUACACCGCCGAGACGAGCAACAAGCGGUACAUUACGACGCCUCCAAAGAAAUUCGUACAAAAGGAAUAGGAUUUUUCCAAUUUUCACUAGAUGAAAAUGAAAGGCAACAGCAAUUCGAAUCUUUAGGUAGGAUACAUGAAGAUACGGUUCGACAACAACCUCGAAAAGUUGGAUUAAAUAUACUAAAAGAGCGAGAAAACAAACUAGCAUCCCGAAGAAAUACUCUUCAAAAACACUAUGAACGAAUGAUUGGAGAAGAGUGGAUAAAACAACAAUUCAAUGGCAUUUAGAUUCUAUUCAUCUAUUAUAUUUUUCUACUUUGAUUAAGUUAAACAAGUUGUGUAAAGUAGACAUCCGUCUAUUGCCCAAGAGAUGCAUAUACUAAGAAGGUAAAAAGUCAAUUCUUCCCAUCCAUAGCAAAAUAAGGAUUGCAAAGAAUGGGCUUUGCUCGUC